GAGAGUUCAGUCGGUCUCUCACCUUCGUAGAAGACUACAACACUAUUCUGAUAACAAAGCUUAGCUUAAACAUACAACAGAAAUUACUCCUGCUGAUGCUCCUGUUGUUGCUGAGGAUGAUGCAAGUGGAAAUGUCUUGCACUCUCUGCCAGAUGCUGGAUGUAAUGACACACAGGGAACAGUUUUGGUAAAAGGAAUCAGAACACGUACCGACAAUAAGGACAGAAGACUGAACUGCCUACAAAAGGAGUCUUAUCUGUGGUGCUGCGGUCUGGAGAAGGUGAAGUGGGGCUAUUAUGAGCCAGUUUGAAGGGACAAAAUGCAGCUUCUUGUUGUGCCUGGGGAUCAGUAUUAUUUUUUGUUCAGUUAUUUACUUGAGGACCACUACACUGACAAAGCCCAAGCCCCUAAAGCCUUCAAGUUGCAUGCCCUUUUCCACUGAAUGUAACGCUUUUCUACCAGACACCGAGAAGGGAAUAGAAUGGGAUCGACGUGACUGCCAGUUGGACAACUAUAUUCUGAGUAAUCAUCAACAGUGCUCCAAUUUGACCAGAGAUCUACACUUCAUCACAAGACCACUGAGCCAAGAGGAGGAGGACUACCCUAUAGCAUUCAUUAUGACUGUUCACCAAGAGCUGGAGCUUUUUGUGCGUCUGCUGCGGGCAAUUUAUAUGCCACAAAAUGUCUACUGUAUUCACGUGGAUAAUAAGGCCCCAUGGGAGUACCGGGCAGCCAUACAGAGGCUAGUCAGCUGCUUUCAAAAUACCUUCCUUUCCAGUCGCAGCGAGACAGUGACCUACGCUGGGUUUUCCCGCCUGCAAGCAGAUUUGAACUGCCUGAUGGACCUUGCAAAGUCCAAGAUUGCCUGGAGGAAGGUGGUGAAUCUGUGUGGACAGGAUUUCCCCGUCAUGAGCAACCUGGAAUUGGUGCAGUACAUGCAGAGCAAAGAGUGGAGGGACAGAAACAUGACGCCUGGGGUCAAGCAGCCCGAGUCUAUGAGGCACAGAACAGAGCUACAGUACAUGGAGAUCGCAGGGUCACAUAUAGCUCUGAAAGGGUCAGGGCUGAAGAAAAAGCCUCCACCACACAAUCUACAAAUUUAUUUUGGAACAGCCUACUAUGCUCUGACAAGAGACUUUGUAGAUUUUGUUCUGAAAAGCCCAAUAGCUCAUGACCUUCUGGAGUGGUCCAAAGACACAUUCAGUCCAGAUGAGCACUACUGGGUGACACUCAACCAUAUCGAAGAAGCUCCAGGCAGCCACAUUAAUGGAGGUUGGGCAGGAGCUAUCCGGGCCAUCAAGUGGAGAGAUCAAGAGGGAAUAACACACGAUGGCUGCAAAGGGCACUAUGUUCGAGACAUCUGCAUCUAUGGAAUAGAAGACCUGCAUUGGAUCAUCAACAGGAAUAGCAUCUUUGCCAAUAAGUUUGAGUCAAAAAGCUUUCCUGGGGCACUGGAUUGUCUGGAGCAGUGGCACAGAAACAAGGUGCUGGGCCGGUCAACUGUGCCCAUCGACCGGUCAUGGCUACUAGCUACACAGAGGAACUCAAGCAGCCCCAGCUACUUUGACAAUAUUGCUCAAACAUGAAACUACUGUUGAUAUCCAAAAUAAAAGCCAAGUUACAUGGAGGUCAGUUUUUAGUUAUUCAAUUGCUUUGAUC